ACACCCUCGACAGUCUCAGUGAUUCAACGUGCCGGCCAUAUAAAUGCUGCCACUAAUCGAUCACACGCCAACAGUCAGGUGUGAACUUUGAAUCGCUCAACAGACACAUUAGCCAGCCUCCGUACCAGCAGGACCCAAUUUCUUGUUCUAGAGUGUUGAAAGUGAAGUGAAGUGAUACUUGAAUUGAAUUAAAACAAAUCCAUCCACAUAUCCACAAUGAACACGAUCAGUAUUGCUGUCGUUCUGUUGGUGUUUGGUGCUGUAGCUUGCAAUUGCUACGCGAUCGAUUGCAUGAAGAUAUGGGAUGAGGACAGCCUAAACGAGAUGCUGGAGGACCGACGACGUGUACGAGAGGCGUUGGGACUGUCGGACGAACCACUGGAUUGCUGUGGGGAUACCGGUAAUAAUAAUGAUCACUCGGAGGAGGAUCAUGAAGAUGAAGGCGACGACGACAAUGACGACGAUGAGGAAAAUUCUGAGGAAGCGUCCGAGGAGAACGUGCACCAGGUGCGACACAAGCGCGAUCUACCACUAAGCGAUGUUCGACAGGACAUUCUACUCGCAGAAGCUCAGGAUGAGGCUGGCGAUCUUGAGGUUGCUGAAACGCAUCUCUUCCGCCCGGUGUUCCGUUACAAGUCCCAGUACACCGAGCGCCGACGAGUGCGUACACCUACCGAUGGCAACAACUUCGUACCGGCACCUGGGCCUAAUUGAACCGAACAGUUCCGUUGUCAUCAUCACUCCAUCCGUGGUUUCCAUCUGUACAUGAUUCAUCUUACUGCGCAUCAAACCGGUGACAAUGGCCUCCCUCAGAGGAAGCAACAUGCGGCCACUAACACUGUACGAUUGUAUAUUUUAAUAAAAAUAGUUUUAACGUUA